AUGGUUGAGUUCAGAGGCCGCAGCGAGCCCAUUUUCGUUGUUACUGUGGUGUUUCUUGGACUUUCCUUCAUUUCUGUCUGCUUGCGAUGCUUCGUGAGGCUGCGACUGGUGCGCGCAUUCGGCUGGGACGAUGCACUGAUGGUUUUUGCCAUGGCUCUGGAGAUUCUGUUCGCCUUAUGUGGUAUUACCGGAUCACUGUAUGGCAUGGGACAGAAGCUCGAGUGGCUUGACGAAGAUACGUUGGAAACCGCUUUGUUUUGGUGGUGGCUAGGGCAAACAAGCUAUGUCGUGACGGUCGUUGUUGCCAAGGUUUCUAUUGCGUUGACUCUCUUCCGUCUUACCGUUUCUCGGGUACACAAGAUGCUUUUAUGGUUUGUCAUCGCCAUCACAAUCGUCGUGGGCCUGGUUUUUUGGUUCAUGUUGACUCUGGAAUGUCAGCCCGUGUCAUACUUUUGGCAGCGCUUUCAUUCUACCGGGACAUGCCUUUCCAUCAACUACCUUAUCGACGUCGCAUACCUGUAUAGCGUGACGGCCAUGGUUUGUGACUUGAUCUUGGGAUUGUUGCCUGCAUUUCUGGUUUGGAACUUGCAAAUGGGCACAAGAACCAAGGCUGCACUGGCCGGUAUUCUGAGCAUGGGCUGCGUAGCUAGCGCUGCUGUGAUUGUGCGCAUACCUUUCCUGCCUACCUACAACGACAAGGAGUUCCUCUAUGCUACAGCGCAGAUUUCAAUCUGGUCCAAUGUCGAGGCUGGCCUCGGCAUUACGGCAGGCUGUCUAGUUACCCUGCGUCCUCUCUUUCGCUGGCUGGGCGACGCCAGUUACGGCGUCACACGCAGCAAGAAAACAGCUGAUAGCAUGCCGCUUUCGAGCUCAAUCGGCCAUGCAUAUCACGCCUCACAGAGUCAUGCGACCAAAUACUGGCGCCCAGAUCUCGACCCAGAAGAUUCCCAGGGUGUGAUCACGACCAUUCAGACUGCCGCCGGGAGUCCGCACAGCAGUCAGGAGGAUCUCAAUCCAAAGCCUAAAGGCAUGAAAGGGGUCAAUAUACACAAGUCCUUUCUACACACCUAUGUUUGGCCUUUCUUGAUUAUCUGGCCCGCGUUUUUGGCUUUUUACCUGUCUCCUGAGCGCUACGAUACCUACAUCCAGGGCCAGGAAUGGACUUUCGUUUUUACUGGCUCGAUCAUCACCGCGCAAUCUCUACUAUGGCUGAUGACGAAAUGGAAUAUCAAUAUCCAGACUCUAUUUACCGCUACCAAGGCCAGUUCGGUUGAUUCCGCCCGGCUUAUCAAAGUUAUCCCGGCUGCCAACGCCGGUUCCGCUGAAAUCUGUCCACUUGUUGUUGAUUACCGUGGUGGAAAGAAGACCAUCUCGUUCUUGUUUCAGAAGCGCCGUUUUCUCUUCAAUCCGGAGACUGGCUCGUUUGCUCCUCUGUCGUACGUUCUCGAUGCAGAGCCUAAGCCUGCACUCAAGUACUUCCAGAAGAGCCAAGGACUUGCGACCAAGGAGGAAAUCGAGCGCAUUCGGCACCACUAUGGCGACAACACGUUCGAUAUCCCCGUUCCCGGUUUUGUGGAGCUCUGGAAAGAGCAUGCGGUUGCCCCAUUCUUUGUCUUCCAGAUCUUCUGUGUUGGACUGUGGAUGCUCGAUGAAUACUGGUACUACUCCUUGUUCACGCUCGCCAUGCUUGUCAUGUUUGAGAGCACGGUCGUCUGGCAACGACAGAGGACCCUCAGCGAAUUCCGAGGUAUGAACAUCAAGCCUUACGACGUUUGGGUCUAUCGCGAGAAGAAGUGGCAAAAGAUCACCAGUGACCUGCUGCUGCCCGGUGACCUCAUGUCUGUCAACCGCACCAAGGAAGAUGGCGGUGUCGCGUGUGACAUUCUCCUGAUCGAGGGCAGUGCCAUUGUGAACGAGGCUAUGCUUUCCGGAGAGAGCACGCCUCUUCUGAAGGAGUCGGUUCAGCUUAGACCCUCAGACGACUUGAUUGAACCUGAAGGAUUGGACAAGAAUGCGUUUGUUCACGGCGGCACCAAAGUUCUUCAGAUUACCCAUGCAAACACCGCUCCUGAAGAUCUUGUUUUCAAGAAUGAAUCGAACAUUCUUCCUACUCCAGACGCAGGCGCACUGGGUGUCGUCGUCAAGACCGGAUUUGAGACCAGCCAGGGAAGUCUCGUGCGCACGAUGAUUUAUUCUACCGAGCGGGUGUCUGCCAACAAUGCGGAAGCCUUGCUUUUCAUUCUCUUCCUUUUAAUCUUCGCCAUCGCCGCCUCUUGGUAUGUCUGGCAGGAAGGUGUUUCAAAGGAUCGCAAGAGGUCGAAGCUUCUCCUGGACUGUGUCUUGAUCAUUACCAGUGUUGUCCCUCCCGAACUCCCAAUGGAACUCAGUCUCGCUGUCAACACUAGUCUGGCUGCUUUGAGCAAGUUCGCCAUCUUUUGCACGGAGCCUUUCCGUAUUCCUUUCGCUGGACGCGUGGAUGUUGCCUGCUUUGACAAGACUGGCACACUCACCGGUGAAGAUCUUGUCGUCGACGGCAUCGCCGGUCUUACUUUGGGUCACAACGGUGCAAAGGUCGAACCGAACGGCGCGCACACCGAGCUGGCCAAGGGCGGUGACAUUGGACUUGAUACCACGCUUGUUCUGGCUAGUGCUCACGCCCUGGUCAAAUUGGAUGAAGGCGAAGUGGUCGGCGAUCCCAUGGAGAAGGCCACUCUGAAAUGGCUCGGCUGGACCCUCGGCAAGAACGACACCUUGACUGGUAAAGCUGCGCCUGCCGCUGGUCCUGUUAUCCCAGAAUCCGUUCAAGUUGUGAGACGGUUCCAGUUCUCUUCUGCGCUCAAGCGCCAGAGCACGAUUGCCACUGUCGUUCUUGAUGAUCGCAAGGCACACAAGAAGGUCAAGUCCACCUUUGUCGGUGUCAAAGGUGCUCCCGAGACUAUCCGUACCAUGCUAGUCGAUACUCCUCCUGGCUACGAAGAGACUUUCAAGUACUUCACCCGUAACGGUGCCCGCGUCCUUGCUCUCGCUUACAAGUAUCUUUCCCACGAUUCCGAGUUUUCCCGUGGUCGCAUUAACAACUACACCCGUGAAGAUGUUGAGUCUGACUUGACCUUUGCCGGCUUCCUUGUCUUGCAAUGCCCCUUGAAGGACGAUGCCAUUAAGGCGGUUCGCAUGCUUAACGAGAGCAGCCACCGUGUUGUCAUGAUUACUGGUGACAACCCGUUGACCGCCGUCCAUGUUGCGCGUCAAGUCGAGAUUGUUGACCGUGAGGUUCUGAUCCUCGAUGCUCCUGAGAAUGACAAGUCCGGGACCAGAUUGGUCUGGCGGAGCAUUGACGACAAAGUCAACAUUGAUGUUGACCCUACCCAGGCCCUCGACCGUCGCAUCUUGGACACCAAGGAUAUUUGUGUUACGGGUUACGCUCUGGCUAAGUUCAAGGGACAGAAGGCUCUACCUGAUCUUCUCCGUCACACCUGGGUUUAUGCUCGUGUCUCCCCCAAGCAGAAGGAAGAUAUUCUGCUAGGUCUCAAGGAUGCUGGUUACACAACGUUGAUGUGUGGUGACGGUACAAACGACGUGGGGGCUCUGAAGCAAGCUCAUGUUGGUGUUGCCCUCUUGAAUGGUUCCCCUGAAGAUCUCCAACGUAUUGCCGACCACUACCGUACCACCAAAAUGAAGGAGAUCUAUGAGAAACAGGUUUCCAUGAUGCAACGGUUCAAUCAGCCUGCUCCCCCUGUUCCUCUUCAGAUUGCCCAUUUGUACCCCCCUGGGCCUAGCAAUCCCCACUAUCAGAAGGCCGUCGACCGUGAAGCGCAGCGCAAGGGUGCCAACCCAGGCGCACAGCCCCAGGCAGAAGCUAUCCCGACCAUUACCUCGCCCGGCGCACAGGCACUACAGCAGUCCAACGCCAGUUUGACCCCCGAACAACAGCGGAGGCAGCAAGCGGCGGCGUCCGCUGCUGGGUUUGCUGACAAGCUUACCUCGUCCAUGAUGGAACAAGAGCUCGAUGACAACGAACCCCCCACUCUCAAGCUCGGAGACGCCUCGGUCGCAGCUCCGUUCACCAGCAAGCUCGCCAACGUUAUCGCUAUCCCGAAUAUUCUUCGUCAGGGACGCUGUACCCUUGUUGCGACAAUCCAGAUGUACAAGAUCCUCGCCUUGAACUGCUUGAUCAGCGCCUACAGUUUGAGUGUCAUCUACUUGGACGGUAUCAAAUUCGGUGACGGCCAGGUUACUAUCAGUGGUAUGCUGAUGAGCGUCUGCUUCCUUUCCAUUUCCCGCGCGAAGUCCGUGGAGGGUUUGUCCAAGGAGCGUCCGCAGCCGAACAUUUUCAACGUUUACAUUAUUGGCUCUGUGCUUGGUCAAUUUGCCAUUCACAUUGUCACCUUAAUCUACCUGUCGAACUAUGUCUAUUCAAUUGAACCGAGACAAUCUGAUAUUGACCUGGAGGGCGAAUUCGAGCCGUCGCUUCUUAACAGCGCGAUCUACCUGCUUCAGCUUAUUCAACAGAUAUCGACCUUUUCGAUCAAUUACCAGGGCCGUCCCUUCCGAGAGUCGAUCCGUGAGAAUAAGGCGAUGUACUGGGGUCUGGUCGCCGCCUCUGGUGUUGCUUUCUCUUGCGCCACGGAGUUCGUUCCUGAAUUGAAUGAGAAACUGCGCCUUGUCCCCUUCAGCACCGAGUUCAAGGCCACUCUUACUGUCCUGAUGAUCUUCGACUACGCCGGAUGCUGGAUCAUUGAGAAUGUGCUCAAGCGACUUUUCAGUGACUUCCGGCCGAAGGAUAUCGCUAUCCGCCGACCGGACCAGCUCCAGCGGGAGGCAGAGCGCAAGCGUCAAGAGGCAUUGGAGCAGCAGACCGAGACGAAGGCGUAA